AUGGUGCAGCAACUUCCUCCCCAAGGAGGGUCGCGCAAGAUCUCCUUCAACGUGUCCGAUCAAUAUGAGAUCCAAGAUGUUAUCGGUGAAGGUGCCUACGGUGUCGUCUGCUCCGCUAUUCACAAGCCGUCGGGGCAAAAAGUCGCCAUCAAGAAGAUCACCCCGUUCGAUCAUUCGAUGUUCUGCCUGCGAACCCUGCGUGAAAUGAAGCUGCUGCGAUAUUUCAAUCACGAGAACAUCAUCUCCAUUCUGGAUAUCCAGAGACCUCGCAACUACGAAAGCUUCAACGAAGUCUAUCUGAUUCAGGAAUUGAUGGAAACAGAUAUGCACCGCGUUAUCCGUACCCAAGACCUCUCCGACGACCACUGCCAGUACUUCAUCUACCAGACCCUGCGUGCUCUGAAAGCCAUGCACUCAGCGAAUGUCCUUCACCGUGACCUCAAGCCCUCGAAUCUUCUCCUCAAUGCCAACUGUGACCUGAAAGUCUGCGACUUCGGUCUGGCUCGUUCGGCCGCCUCGACGGACGACAACUCGGGUUUCAUGACGGAAUACGUGGCGACUCGAUGGUACCGUGCGCCGGAAAUCAUGUUAACCUUCAAAGAAUACACCAAAGCCAUUGACGUGUGGAGUGUUGGCUGCAUCCUGGCCGAGAUGCUGAGCGGCAAGCCUCUGUUCCCCGGCAAAGACUAUCACCACCAAUUGACCCUCAUUCUGGAUGUCCUCGGGACACCAACCAUGGAGGAUUACUACGGCAUCAAGUCCCGGAGAGCUCGGGAGUACAUCCGCUCUCUCCCCUUCAAGAAGAAGAUCCCCUUCCGGGCUCUGUUCCCCAAGAGCAACGACAUGGCGCUGGACCUGCUAGAGAAGCUCCUGGCGUUCAACCCUGCCAAGCGUAUCUCGGUGGAGGAUGCCCUGCGUCACCCGUACCUGGAGCCCUACCAUGACCCGGAGGAUGAGCCCACAGCGCCGCCCAUCCCGGAGGGAUUCUUUGAUUUCGAUAAGAACAAGGAUGCGCUCAGCAAGGAGCAGUUGAAGAUCCUGAUCUACGAGGAGAUCAUGCGGUAA